AUGGAAAACCUGCCGGAGAGAAUCUUUAAGUCCGGCGAAGAGCCAGACGGCGAUAGGGUUCACAAGUACUUCCAACUCCAAUACCUAAACGAUUUAUCGGAGCAUCUGGAGGCAGACAAAAUUUCGAAGAUCAGAGGCUCGCGGAUGGGCAAAUUGUUCGAUAUCGGAAAAAAGUUUUCUUUUUCCAAUAAAAUCGGUUUGUUUUUGCUUACAAGGCAGUUAGCAAUCCAGAAAAAGCAUGAGAUUUGGUUUGUAUUUGCGGGUAAGCCGAUUAGGUUUGGUCUGAGGGAGUUUGCAUCAGUGACGGGUUUACGGUGCGAUCCAAUUUCAAUUGGAAAGGCCGAUGGAAAAAAGAAGGUGAGUAAGAACAAGAUAAAGAAGAAGUCAAUUGAAUCCCCUUACUGGUUCACUUUGUUCGCGAGGAAUGAAGAGGUGACACCGGAGAUUUUAAUUAAACUGCUUAAAUCUGGCGGUGUCCGUGACCCCAACACCCGAUUGAAAUAUGCUUUAUUGGUUAUGAUUGAUGGUGUUUUGUGCCCUCGAUCUUUGAAUAUGAAGAUCCAAGAAGAAACCGUAGAAGUGUUGAGGGACGUUGACAAAUUUCUUAAUCAUCCUUGGGGUAGGAUAUCGUUUGAUAUGACUAUGUCAUGUAUCAAGUCUCGGAAAGCUUCUGGGCUUGCCCAAACAAGCUUUGCUGUUCAAGGUUUUGUGCAUGCGUUGCAACUAGUUCUUUUAGAGGCUGUCCCUGACAUUGAAAAGAGCAUGCCGGUUGAUACUCCUGUCUUCGUUGGCGAGGAUUCCGAAGAAGAAGCUGUAGUGGUUGGUGCUGUGGCAUUGGCAAAGUUAAAAUUGGAGCCAAUUUGGGUGAUAGAUAGUCAAGCAGAGGUUUCUGUUGAAUCUAUUAUUCCUCUUGAUGAUGCUGUUAUUGGAGACGAUUUGUCUUGGUCUGACGAGGUGGAAGAUGUGAAAGUUGAUAAUUUGGUUAGGUUAGUUCAAGAAGGCCAUCAAUGGUCUGGUGAUGAAUUUGGAGGUGGUGUGGUUGUGUCUGCGCUUCCUGUAGAACCUAAAGAAAAAGUAGAAGGGAAAAAAGUUGUAAAGUCUAGGAAGAGGAAGAAGUCUCCUGUUUGUGGCAGCAGUAGUGAUGGUAGCCAGCCUGUACCAUUUUCUGAAUCCCAAAUGGAGUGGUUAGCAAAGCAAAUUAGUUCGCAAGUUUCUUUAGCUGUUAGUAGCAUGGAGGAUCGCCUGGUGUCUCGUUUAAAAGGGAAAAGUGGAGCUGGGCCUGUUGGUGGUAAGAUUGCUGCUCCUGAACCUGUUGCUCCUGUUUCCAAGGGUAAGGUCAAACCCACUAGCCGUGGCAAAAAGACAGUUCUACGCAAGCGGAAACGGAUGCGUGUAGAUGGAAGGUUGAGGCAGAUUAGAGAUGAUGAUGAGACUGAAACGGCUACUGUCCCAGUAGGGGAUGAGUCUGAAACGGUUGGUGGCAAAGGAGGGGAGGAAGGAGGGGAGGAUGUUAGAAUGGGUACUCAAGAAGGAGAGGCUUCUGUUACUAUGGAGGAUGUAGAGACUGAAGAAAGAGGUUGCAAAGAAGGGGAGGAUGUUAGAACGGCUAGUCAACAAGGAGAUGCUGAGGAACAUCUCGAUUUACAUCCGGAUGAUACUGUUAAAUCUGUGCUUGAUUCUCUGAACCGUGGUGGAGCGGAGGUCUCUGAGAAUUUAGGUCCUGAUUUUGAGCAGGAGGAUCCUGCUGUUCUCAGUGGGGAUGGUCUUAAGGACCAGGAUGAUGCUGCCAAAAGUGGGGAUGGUCUUAAGGACCAGGAUGAUGCUGCCAAAAGUGGAGAUGGUCUUGAGGACCAGGAUGUUGCUGCCAAAAGUGGGGAUGGUCUUGAGGACCAGGGUGUUGCUGCCAAAAGUGGAGAUGGUCUUGAGGACCAGGAUGUUGCUGCCAAAAGUGUGAAUGAUGACGCUAAAUGUCAGGGGAAGGAAUCUGCUGAGGGUGGAAGUCUUGCUCUCUUUCCUACUAGGGCUUCUGUUGGUUCAGAGGAAAAUGUGUCAGGGGAAGGGGAUGCUAGUGAUAAGAAGUGGUUGGAAUUUGAGAAGUAUUUAGCGGAUAAUGGGAAAUUGUUUUGUGGGGGGAGCUUAUUCCUCGUAACCAAGGACGUGGAGGAGAUUGUUGGACUACAAGUUGUUAUGGGACCAUGGGGAUGUGCCUUGAUAUCAGGGGGAGAUAUCUCUGUGUUUGAUUGCAACCAGAAGGUGCGUCGGGACACUAGGCUCCGGAAAGAAAUGGAACCUUUGUUGGAGAUGCUCCCUUUCGUUGUUCGCCAAGUGUCGCCUCAGCUGAUGAAAGCAGUCCCCAGUGACCCAUUCAUCCUAAACAGAGACUCACUUCUUCCGACUUGUCUAAACCCUUCGGAGAGUGGCCUUACGUCUGUUUUGUUCAUAGAGAGGCAUGCAGUAGGUGAGCUUCAAGCGGCUAGAGAGGUUAGGCCUGAGGACUUGGCUGUUCAAGCGAAGCAAUUGCUGAUUGAGAUGUAUGAUGUGUAUGUUGAGAAGUAA